AUGGAGCAGCUCCUGCGAGUGAUCGUCUCACAGCGGUUAGAGCUGCAGGAUCUGUUGGCACGGCAGCAGCGAAUGUUGGAGUUGACGCUUUCACAAAUGGAGGAGUUGAAACAGAAGGAUCUCCCUUCGACGCUUGGUCUGCUGAGCAUGAGCGCCAGCAACUCGCCCGACACUUCCAUGUCGCGCUCCUUGGAUGGCCUUCCGCUGGCGCUUCCAACCUUACCAAACACCGAAGGACAUCAACAGCUCCGCAAUGUGACACCGACAAUGCAGCCCGCUGCCGUGGAUGAGACAGCCGAUGUACCUCCGGAUCCCAGUGGGAGCGUUAGAAGAAAGAUGAAGACUAGCCGACAGGGCAGCAAAGCGAGCAAGAUUUCGUGGGAUGCCAAGGCGGAGGCAGAAGUGGGGUCCGCCCCUAGCACCUUGGUCCUGGACAUGCCUGCGAUCCUCCAGGACCAGAACGCCCCGAACGGAGGCGACUACGGAUUGGGCCCAACAGAGGAUUCCUACGAUCAGCAUGCUCCGGGGCAAAGACUGGAGACGAUACAGUCUCCCACGCUGCGCGGGAUGUUCACUCAAUACUCACAGCCGAGCGUGCUGGCCAUGAAGACAGACCCGGAGGAGGACUCGCAAUGGGGCGAGAAAAUCCUGCUCUACGUUGAUCGUGUCUCAUCCUUUGCCGUUUGUAUCAAUGCUAUAGCUAUGAUGGUGGAGUUCGAGUUUGCCGGCCAGGCCAACGCAUUCCAAGUGGGCUUCGCCAGCGAGAGUAUAGAGCAGACCUUCAGCGCUGCGAUCCCGAGUUUCAUGAUGCUUCGUAUAUUCUUCGACGUGUUCUUUCUCAUUGAGUUUAUGAUUCGAGGGGCAGUGCUGCGAUCACAGGUGCUGAAGGACUCGGCCAACCUUUUCGACCUGGCGCUAGUCCUCGCUGGGGUGAUGGAGAUGAUCCUUAUAUUCGUCACGCCAUGGACGUUGACGCAUGACGAUCGAAUGUUGGGCCUAAUCCUGCGGGCCUUGGGCUCACUCAGAGCGAUACGUGUCUUGCGCGUCUUCCGCUUCUGCGCGGGCCUUCAGUUAUUGAUGAAAGCUUGUCAAUCCUUCGUGACCUCCCUGUUCUGGUCCAUGGUCCUUCUGGGCGUCUGCAUGCUCGCUGGCGCCUUGGUGGUAGGAAACCUUCUGCAAGAUUACAUCCGGGGCUCUGCAGACCUGGAUGACCGGCAGUGGGUUUGGCAGUUCUAUGGGACGACCUACAGAUCGUGGUACACACUUUACGAGAUAACUUUCGCUGGUAAUUGGCCGACGAUGGCAAGACCGGUACUUGACAAGGUCAGCCAUGGCUUCGUGGUCUUCUAUGUCUUGUAUAUCACCAUCGUAGUCUUUGCGCUCAUCCGAGUCAUCACGGCUGUGUUUCUCAAAGACACGCUCGACAGCGCCCACAACGAUGCAGAGCUUCGUAUCACCGAAGGGAUGCGGAAGAAAGCGGAGUAUGUCGAAAAGCUGGAGACAAUCUUCAAAGCUAUAGAUGAGUCCGGCGACGGCAUGAUUACCGAGGAGCGUCUAUCUUUCAUCCUGGAGAACCCCAAGGUCAAGGCCUAUUUCCAGACCUUGGACUUGGACGUGCAUGAGAGUGCGGCCUUAUUUCGAAUUUUGGACGAUGGCGAUGGAGAGUGCACCCUCGACGAGUUCAUUGGAGGAAUCCUUCGAUGCAAAGGUCCGGCGAGGGCCAUCGACCAGGUGGCAUUGCAGGCGGAUAUGAAACAGCUGGACAAGAAGGUCUCGAAGAUCAUGAAAGCAAUGUGCGAUGCCGGAUGGGCACAUCACCUCAGUUCUGUUCCUGGCUCCGAGGGACUGCCAUCGAAGACGGGAAGCAAUGACCAGAUGUCGUAUCCGGUUUCGAAGCAGCCUACCGGAACUCAAAGUGUCCCACCAGCUUCUGCGAUAAGUUCGGCUUCCUUCUCGGGAUAUCACAACGCAAUCCACUACAACGAGGCUCCUGCCGGCUGGCAACGACAGGAGUCCGGCAGAAAGAGACGAGCGUCACAGGCUGCACAAAUGUUUCUGCACCGAACGGCACUGAAUCGGACCAAAACCAGCGGCAUCGGCAGCACCAUGGACGACAUAAACAUAGGCGGCGGCACAUACAUCCUUUGA